CUAAAAGAACCAGCUGAGCACGAGGACCAGAACCAGACCGGACCUGUUGCUGAGUGUGUCGAACCGGUCCAGUGUCACAGCGAACCUUCCAGCUCCUCUUCAGACCUCUGGAUCCUCCUGAGCAGACAGGCACCAGCCGAACCCGAACCCGACCCCACAGGACCACCUGAUCCACCUGAGCCCGGUCCGGUCGUCAUGUCCCGCGGUGAUGCCUCGGAGCAGAGUCGGAGACUUAGCGUGCUGUCCUGGGAUCAAGUCCGGCGCCUGGACUCCAUCCUGGGGGAGAGUGUUCCGAUCCACGGCCGGGGGAACUUCCCCACGCUGUCCGUGAAGCCCCGGCAGGUGGUCCAGGUGGUCAGGACUCGACUGGAGCAGCAGGGCGUGGUCGUACGUGACGUUAAGCUGAACGGCUCAGCAGCCAGCCAUGUGCUGCACCAGGACAACGGCCUGGGCUACAAAGACCUGGAUCUGAUCUUUGGCCUGAGUCUCUCUGAUGAUAAGACCUUCCGUCUGGUAAAGGAUGUGGUCCUGGACUGCCUCGUGGACUUCUUACCUGAAGGGGUCUGCAGGGAGAGGAUCACAGCCCUGGCCUUGAAGGAGGCCUACGUGCAGAAACUAGUGAAAGUUUGCAACGACACGGACCGCUGGAGCCUGAUCUCCCUGUCCAACAACACGGGUAAGAACGUGGAGCUGAAGUUUGUGGACACCCUGCGGAGACCCUUCGAGUUCAGCGUGGACUCUUUCCAGAUCACGCUGGACUCGCUGCUGCUGUUCGACCGCUGCUCUGAGACGGCCAUGUCCGAGACGUUCCACCCCACCGUGCAGGGGGAGAGCAUGUACGGGGACUUCCAGGAGGCCCUGGGCCACCUCCGCACCAAAACCAUCGCCACCCGGAGCCCCGAGGAGAUCCGAGGCGGGGGGCUGCUGAAGUACUGCCACCUGCUGGUGCGGGGCUUCCGCCCGUCCUCGGAGAGCGACAUGAAACAGAUGCAGCGCUACAUGUGCUCGCGCUUCUUCAUCGACUUCCCYGACAUCAGCCAGCAGAAGAGGAAGCUGGAGGCGUACCUGCAGAACCACUUUGUGGGAAUCGAGCACAAACGCUACGAGUGCCUGUCGACGCUGAGGCGGGUCGUGGACGAGAGCACCGUGUGCCUGAUGGGCCACGAGCGGCGCCAGACGCUCACGCUCAUCUCCGCCCUGGCGCUGCGCGUCAUGGCCGAACAGAACGCCAUCCCCGCCCUGUCCAACAUCACCUACUACUACCAGCCGGCGCCGUACGUCCGAGACGUCAACUUCAGCAACUACUAUGUGGCGCAGGUCCAGUCGGCCGUGUCUCUGUGCAGGAACUCUUAUCAAACAUGGCUUCCCUGCAGCUGAGCGCAGGUCUGUGAGGUGACUGGUAUGACCUGCUGGAGGCCACAGCAGACUGGUCUGGAUCGGCUGCAGGUCUGUGGACCAUCAGGAUGUUCAUUAGCUUUGGUUCUUUGGGAGACCUUCAAGGGUCAGACCCGUCUCCGACAGACUGUUUUUAUUUUCUGAAAGGUGAAAUUCAUUCAUGAAUGUAAUGAAAUUUCUUUGAAUAUGUUUUAUUUUCUCUAUUACAUUUAUUAAUGUUUCAUUGUUUUUUUUAUUCAAGAGGUACACUAUGAAGCAAGAUUAAGUUAAGUCAGUUUUCAGUACUUUUAAAGGAGGAUGUCUGCGUGUGGUAGAGGUUCUGCUUCAGUUAGGCGUUACCAGCUGUGUUUCCAUUACAAAUGUGCAAAACUUAAUCGAUAUUCUGUUAAUGUC